AUGUCCUCCGGAUCCUCCACCCCCGAAGCCACCACCCCGAUUCCCACCCUCCCCGAGACCCACUCCGGCAUCCCCCCGUAUCUCCUCCCCAAAGCCACCCGCGCCAAGGAGGCCGUCUUCUCCGGCCGGACCAAACCCGCUAAGCCCCGCAGUCGUGAGGUCCCGGUGGUUCCCCAGGGUGUUUCCCGCGAUCAGUUCCUCGAGGCGUUGGAGGAAUUGAAGCGGGAGUUGGGAGAGGAGAACGUCGAGGUGAAUGACAAACCUUUGAAAGAUGGGUGGUACAUGGAGCACCCCAACACGCACGACAUGAUGACCAUUUUGGAUGAAGAGGAGUUUGUCGCCGGGGCGGUUGCCUACCCGGGCAACACAGACGAGGUGGUCAAGAUGGUGAAGUGGGCUAACAGAUGGCUUGUUCCCAUUUUUCCUAUAUCCAUGGGGAGAAACCUGGGCUAUGGCGGCGCCGCUCCGCGAGUGAGGGGUUCGGUCACGGUUGAUCUGGGGAGGAGGAUGAAUAAGAUACUGGAUAUCAACCCCCAGGAUUAUACCUGUUUGGUUGAGCCGGGGGUGUCGUUUUACGGGUUGUAUGAAGAGCUUGGGAGGAGGGGGUUGAGGGAGCACAUGUGGGUUGACACGCCUGAUUUGGGGGGGGGGAGCAUCAUUGGGAAUACGGUUGAUCGCGGGGUUGGGUAUACCCCUUAUGGGGAUCACUGGGCUUGUCAUUCGGGUUUGGAGGUGGUGUUGCCUACUGGGGAGGUGAUUAGGACGGGGAUGGGGGCGUUGACGGAGGGGGGGGAGAAUACUUGGGGGGUGUUUCCUUAUGGGUUUGGGCCUUAUUCUGAUGGGAUUUUUUCGCAGAGUAAUUUUGGGAUUGUGACCAAGAUGGGGAUGACGCUGAUGCCAAAUCCGGGGGGGCAUGAGAGUUUUAUGUACACCUUUCCCAAGGAAGAAGACCUCGGCCCUCUUAUGGAAAUCAUCCGCCCCCUCCGCAUCUCCACCAUCCUCGAAAACGUCGCCCAGCUCCGCCACGUAACCCAAACCAUCGCCGCCGCUGGCCUCCCAAAAUCACACUUCUUCUCCGGCAGUGGCACCAUCCCCCCCGAAAUAAUCCACUCCGCCGCCGCCGCCUCCCCGGUAGGCGACCACACCUGGGCCUACUACGGCAUGUCCUACGGCCCGCCCCACAUCCGCUCCUACAAACUCGCCAUCAUCGACGCCGAGUUCAGCAAAAUCCCCGGCUGCCGCAAAAUCGACCCCUCCACCCUCCCCGAGGACGAAUAUUUCUGGUCCCGAGACAGAAUCGCCUCCGGAACACCCGAUAUCCACGAACUCCGCUGGGUGAACUGGGCCCCCAACGGUGCUCACAUUGCCUUUUCCCCUGUCUCCCCUAUCCGUAGUGCUGAUGCUACGAAACUCUUCCAGCUGGGCAAGAGGAUUCAUGAAAAGUACGGGAUUGAUUUCAUGCCUGCUUUUAUUGUUGGACUGAGGGAGAUGCAUUUGAUUGUGGAGAUUGUUUUUGAUAGGGAUGACAGGGAGGAGAAGGAGAGGGCGUUGGAGUGUCUGAGGGAUAUGGUUGAUGAGGCUGCGAGGGAGGGGUACGGGGAGUAUAGGACGCAUUUGGUGCUGAUGGAUCAGGUGGCGGGUACGUAUGGGUGGGGUGGGGGGGCGCUGGGAAGGUUUAAUGAAAGGUUGAAGGAUGCGUUGGAUCCGAAUGGGAUAUUGGCGCCGGGGAGGUGUGGGAUUUGGGGGGAAAGGUAUAGAGGGCGGGGGUGGGAGAUGGGGAGGGGGAGUGAGGGGGGGAGCGAGGGAGACGGGGUUGGGGGGAGGGUGCUAUAA